GUAUCGCGAGAGUUGUCCCGAGGCCGCUGCCAGUGGUUCUCACCAGUUAUGGCGAGCUCGGGCGACGAGGCCGAGCGGGAGCCGCUCCUCGGCCACCGCAGCGCCGGAAGCAGGGAUUGGGAUGGGGCAGAGAGCGAGGAGCAGCACCGGAGCCGAUGGCGGUCCAUCCGGGUCCUCUACUUCACCAUGUUCUUCAGCAGCGUAGGCUUCUCCAAUGUCAUCAUGUCCGUGUGGCCCUACCUCCACAAGAUUGACCCGACGGCCAACGCCAGCUUCCUGGGCUGGGUCAUUGCAUCCUACAGCCUGGGCCAGAUGGUGGCCUCACCCCUCUUCGGGCUCUGGUCCAAUCACAGGCCCCGGAAGGAGCCACUGGUGGCCUCCCUUUUUGUGUCAGUGGCCGCUAGCUGCCUGUACGCCUAUGUGCACCUGCCUGCAGCACACAACAAGUACUACCUGCUGGCCGCACGUGGGCUCCUGGGCUUCGGGGCAGGAAAUGUGGCUGUGGUUCGCUCUUAUAUCGCUGGGGCCACGUCUCUGCAGGAGAGAACCAGUGCCAUGGCCAACACCAGUGCUUUCCAAGCCCUUGGCUUCAUCCUGGGCCCAGUUUUCCAGAUGUGCUUCACACUCAUUGGUGAGCAGGGAGUGACAUGGGGUCCUCUCCAGCUGCAGAUCAACAUCUACACGGCCCCGGUGCUGCUUGGGGCCAUCAUGGGCCUGCUAAACGCUGCACUGAUCCUGGCUGUGCUGCGGGAGCAUCGCGUGGAUGACCUGGGGCGACAGUGCGGGAGCAUCAAUGCUGAGGAAGGCGAGGGCCCGGGGCCCCCAGGACAUAUCGAUCACAUCGCUGUUGUGGCCUCCAACUUCCUGUUCUUCGUGGUUCUGUUCAUCUUUGCCCUUUUUGAGACCAUCCUCACGCCGCUGACAAUGGACAUGUAUGCAUGGACACGGGAGCAGGCCGUGCUGUACGACUGCAUCAUCCUGGCAGUGUUGGGGGUCGAGGCUGUGCUGGUCUUCCUGGCAGUCAAGUUCCUCUCCCGAAAGGUUGGUGAGCGCGCGGUUCUGCUGGGAGGCCUGGUGGCCAUCUGGGUUGGCUUCUUCAUCUUGAUGCCGUGGGGGACUGAGUUUCCCAGGAUCCAGUGGGAAGGCCUGCACAACGGCUCUGUCCCCAAUGCCACACUCCAGGAGGCUGCAGGGGAGCAGGAGCCUACGGGCUGCCCAAUCCAACAGGCCUGGUGCCUCUUCACUCCUGUUAUCCACCUGGCCCAGCUGCUCACAGCCACUGCGCUCAUUGGUCUGGGCUACCCAGCCUGCAAUGUCAUGUCCUACUCGCUCUACUCACAGGUGCUCGGACCUGAGCCGCAGGGUGUCUACAUGGGCUGGCUGACAGCAUCGGGGAGCGGCGCACGCGUGUUGGGACCUGUUUUCAUCAGUCAGGUGUACAGUGUGUGGGGCCCACGCUGGGCCUUUGGCCUAGUAUGUGGUGCAGUGCUGCUUACACUGGCCCUGUUAGCUGCCGUAUACCGCAGACUUGUUCCCUACUCCAGCCGUGUCUGCUGAUGACAUGGCACUCAUGGGCUCACUGGCACGGUACCUCAUUCCUGCCUGGAGCCCAGCCCAGUGGCACUACAUGGAUGGUGUGAGUCCUACCCAGCUGGGCUAUGGAUGCUGCCCCAGUCUUGGUGUGCUGAUACCAAGCUGCCCAGGAUGCUAAAGGACUGGCAAACGUCUUGACCAUGUGAGGCUCAGCUGGGCCGCUUACACAGUGGGGCAGAGAGCUGCCUUGUUUCCCAACCCUCGGUUCAGCAGAGAACCUUGGACUCUGGGCAGUGCAGAGGAGCCUGCAACUCAGCCAAAGGCCUGGCUCUGGUAUGACUCUGACAGCACCCCACUCUGGACAGGCAGUUCUGAACUUCUACCUGAGUUAAUUACUCCCUUGUACUCCAUGGAUCAGCUUUGGCACAACCUUCCCAGAUGUCACCAUUCCACAUCACCGUGCUACCCACAGGUGCUAGACCAUAGGGGGUCUAGCGUCACCUACAAGCCCAAGGUGCAGUGCACAUUGGUGUCUCAAUCCUCUCCUGGGGUCACUGCAGUGAGAGUGCUGCUUCUCUGCCCCUAGCCCACAUCACCCUGAAUUCAUGUGAGGUACCUUGUGGGACCACGUCCCCCUUACCUGACUUUGAGCUGUGGUGCUUGGAUAAACAAGUCCUUUCUCUUCACCUUCAUGCUUUGAGCCUAUCCUUAGGGGACAUGUGCUCGGCACAUGUUGAUUUUUCCCACAGUUCAGUGGGGCAGACCCGUGGGCACCAGAGAAGGGCCAGCAGAACUCCCACAGGAGGCCUCGGAUGGCUGAACCAAGCAGCUGGGCAGGGUGGUACAGACACUAGCCAGUGAUGUGGGGGCAGCUGGGGCUGCUGAUGACAUCUGUGUGCCUA